AUGACCGGCCUCCCGGGCUGCAGCCGGUGCGGCCUCACGCCUGUGGAUAUGGUUGGUUUUUGGGACGAUGGAUAUGAUCGGUUUCGGUGGAUCAGGACAUAUUCCUCUUCAGUGCUUGCUCCAUUUUUUCAUGAGGAAUGGUGUCCUUCCUCAAUGGAUUGGCUUCCAGCUUGGCAACACCCGUUUCCGCAGAACGGACGCAUCUACUGCCCUAGCUGCUGGCGCUCUUGGGCCUGGUAUGUCAAGGAGGGUGGCAGUGCCUACGCCUUGCCUGAGCGCUGCGAAGCUUUGGCCUCAGCACAUGUGGAGAUCAAGAGCAAAAGGGGAGGUCCCUUCCUGUGCGUGACCUGCAACAAAGCUUUCAACAAGAAAACACUGGAGUCGCACUUGCUGCUCUACCACCGGAAAGAUCAGCCAAACUGGAAAGCGCUGCAAAGCUCGGAAGUGGAAACGCAAACCACCCUGAUGUGGGUCUCUGACGAUUACCACUUGGACCUUUCCUGGGAAUUCCAGGCCAAAGGUUCUGGAGGCUAUGAUGACUGGCAGCCCUUCAUGCAAGGUGCCCAGGAGGAGCUCGAGACGCACUUCAAGUUGCUUCAGCAGCAGACAGGGCCAAGCGAAGUGAUAGUAUCUACCAACGGCUACUCGUAUGCCGUCGACCUCAAUGCCAUGACGCAGAGAAACUUGAAAACCAAUCGCACGCGGAGCAUCCGGCGGCAAGAGGUCAAGAAAGACUCUGGCCCGAAGCAACUGGAACAAGGAUCUGACCUCGCUGAUCUGCUUGCAGAGCGGGAUCAGUUGAAGAAAGAUCUCAACAACCAGCGGACAAAGGUCAAAGCUCUCACGGAGCAGGUUGCAGCGUUGCAGAAAGAUUUGGAGGCAGUAGAGCACUGCCAACAGAUGACUUUUCAGGAAUCCUGGCGUGCCAGUGCUCAACUGGGCCUUCGCAUUUUUCAUAGACUAGCUGCCAAAGAUCCGGUGAUCUGGAAACUCCAAGAAGCUUUGCGGGCGGCUUGCACAGAUGGCCACUACAACCAGUGCGGGUACAUGCGCUUUGUGACCGUGGUGUCUGUCGAGCAGAUCCACAACACGCAACUGUGGAAUAGCUACGAAUUCCGCAAGGAGCAGAUCCGCAAAGAAGAGUCGCUGCCAGCUUCGCACGUCAUCCAAGCAAACAAGGAACUGUCCAAGGCAUGCUCGUGGGCGAGGCUAGAUGCGGAUAUCAAUGAAGUGCUGGUGCUCCAUGGCACUCUUCCCGAGAAUGUGGACAAGAUCGCAAGCGGGGGAUUUGAUGAACGGCUUGCCCGGCAAGGCGGUUUGUUUGGACAAGGCAGCUACUUUACAGAUGAAAGCUGCAAGAGCUUCCAAUACUCUGGGGCAUAUGACAGACAUGCUGCCGGACCAUCUGGAUGCGAAGGAUGCAUCAUCAUAUCUCGUGUGGUUCUUGGCUAUCCAUACUUUGCCACGGGGCAAAUGAAGCAUUUGAAGACUGAACCCUUCCGUGACGACUCGGAUCCUUCCAAGGGCCACUGCCACUGUGUGGUGGCAUCAAGUGGAAUUUCAAAUGGGCAAGGUGCGACGCAGGUUCACCGAGAAUUCGUGGUCUUCAAUCGCUAUCAAGCGUAUCCAGAGCUUCUUGUGCGGUUUCGAGUACCAUGA